CGGUGGACGCGGCCGCGGCGGUGGCGGGCGUUGUGACUGACGGCGCCGGUUGUCUCCCGAACGAACUCGGCUGGCCACCCUCGCCGCCCUGGCUGUCACUCGUGCGGCCGGCGCCAUGUCUGUGAGCGAGAUCUUCGUGGAGCUGCAGGGCUUUUUGGCUGCCGAGCAGGACAUCCGAGAGGAAAUCCGAAAAGUUGUACAGAGUUUAGAACAAACAGCUCGAGAGAUUUUAACUCUACUGCAAGGGGUCCAUCAGGGUGCUGGGUUUCAGGACAUUCCAAAGAGGUGUUUGAAAGCUCGAGAACAUUUUGGUACAGUAAAAACACAUCUGACGUCUUUGAAGACCAAGUUUCCUGCUGAACAGUAUUACAGGUUUCACGAGCACUGGAGGUUUGUGCUACAGCGCCUGGUCUUCUUGGCAGCCUUCGUCGUGUACUUGGAGUCGGAGACCCUCGUGACUCGAGAGGCGGUCACGGAGAUCCUUGGCAUUGAGCCAGAUCGGGAGAAGGGAUUUCACCUGGAUGUAGAAGAUUAUCUCUCAGGAGUUCUCAUUCUUGCUAGUGAACUGUCGAGACUGUCGGUCAACAGCGUGACCGCCGGAGACUACUCCCGGCCCCUGCACAUCUCCACCUUCAUCAACGAGCUGGAUUCCGGCUUCCGCCUCCUCAACCUCAAAAACGACUCCCUGCGGAAGCGCUACGACGGCCUGAAGUACGACGUGAAGAAAGUGGAGGAGGUGGUCUACGACCUCUCCAUCCGCGGCUUCAACAAGGAGACGGCAGCGGCCUGUGUGGAGAAGUAGGGGCUCUCCGCGCGCCCCGCUGACCCCAGCCCGGCGCCUCUCACGGUCGUUAGGAUGCCCAUUGCUAAACACCGCGCUUCAUUUUCUUAACCGGUUGUGUGGUGUAUCAGAGUUGAAACACUUUUUUUGGGGGUGAAAGAAUAGCCUUUACAAGGACAGAGUUUUCUUUGUCGUUUCAGUGAAUUUGCUCUGUAACUCAGUGUAUUUCAGUUCUGUCAAAAAGUGUAAAUGCCAACCUCUUGGUAAAGUUCUUUUCUUGCUUACCCUGAUGCUGUCGAUGUACUGAUGGAGAGCUUUACUGUCUUGUUUGUGAUUCUUCCAGGAGUGACCCUUGAUGUUUUCUAUAUCCAAAUUAGCCAUCCAUACCCAGGUAUGCCCUGGAUACCGUAUAAAAAGAGUUAACUCAAAAGGAUGGUUGCCAAGCGAAGGA